AUUUCUGAGAAGAGAGGCAUCGCUCUCUCCUUACCCUCCUCCUCUCUCCGGCGUCUCGCAUCAACUCUCCCAAGCUCCUCCUAAUAACCAGCAGCCAGCUCAGUCAGCUGAACGGGCCGGAGCGAACUUGGGAGAGAAGGCGGGGACCGAGAGGCGCCUCGUCGCUCCCGCCAACUGCACAACGCUCGUCCCACCCACCGCAGCUACUACUGCCUGCGGCAGCGAAGACUGCGAGAAGUGGCCGGCCGACCCGCCUGGGUUCACUAUGCUUCUAAGUACUGAACAGAUAAACCUAAUUGGACAAGUGUUUGAGUCGUAUGUUCUGGAACACCACAAAAAUGAUCUCUUGCUGAUUUUAAGAGAAAGAGAUGAUGAUACGCAUUACCCAGUUAUUAUUGAUGCUAUGACACUGUUUGAGACCAACAUGGAAGUUGGUGAAUAUUUCAGUGCUUUUCCCAAUGAAGUGCUCCCUGUUUUUGACAAUGCAUUGCGCAGGGCAGCCAUGACCCUUUCUCAGUCCAUUCCUCAGACAGAUGCCUUUGUUGUUAAACAGAACCUUCACGCCAGGAUAUCAGGGUUGCCGGUUUGCCCAGAGCUAACCAGAGAACACAUCCCAAAGACCAGAGACGUGGGACACUUCCUCUCAGUCACUGGCACUGUUAUUCGUACCAGCCUUGUGAAAGUCCUGGAGUUUGAACGGGAUUACAUGUGCAACAAGUGCAAGCAUGUGUUUGUGGUCAAGGCUGACUUUGAACAAUACUAUGCUUUCUGCCAUCCGCCAGCCUGUCCUAACGAAGAAGGCUGCAACUCAUCUAAGUUUACUUGCCUCUCCGGAACAUCCUGUGCUCCCAACAGUUGCAGAGACUAUCAAGAAAUCAAGAUUCAGGAGCAGGUUCAAAGGCUCUCUGUUGGAAGUAUUCCCCGUUCUAUGAUAGUUGUCCUUGAAGAUGACUUAGUUGACAGCUGCAAAUCUGGUGAUGACAUAACAGUUUAUGGAGUAGUAAUGCAGAGGUGGAAACCUUUUCACCAGGAUGCACGUUGUGAUGUAGAGAUUGUCUUAAAGGCCAAUUACAUUCAAGUAAACAACGAGCAAAUGUUAGGUGUUAUAAUUGAUGAGGAGGUCCGCAAGGAAUUUGAAGAUUUUUGGGAAAAACAUAGGGGCGAUCCCUUAGCAGGGAGGAAUGAUAUUUUAGCAAGCUUGUGUCCUCAGAUUUUUGGGUUGUAUCUUGUGAAGUUGGCAGUAGCCAUGGUGCUUGCAGGGGGUGUGCAGAGAACAGAUGCUGCAGGCACUCGGGUUAGAGGUGAAUCACAUCUUUUACUGGUUGGUGACCCUGGAACAGGGAAAUCGCAGUUUCUGAAAUAUGCAGUAAAGAUUACUCCGCGUUCUGUACUUACAGCAGGAAUUGGAUCCACAAGUGCAGGCUUAACAGUGACUGCUGUGAAAGACUCUGGAGAGUGGAACUUGGAGGCUGGAGCCCUCGUGCUGGCUGAUGGGGGACUUUGCUGUAUUGAUGAGUUUAACAGCAUCAAGGAACACGACAGAACCAGCAUUCACGAGGCAAUGGAACAACAGACCAUCAGUGUGGCCAAGGCUGGUUUAGUGUGCAAGCUGAACACAAGGACCACUAUCUUGGCAGCAACCAAUCCAAAGGGGCAGUAUGACCCUAACGAAUCUGUCUCUGUGAACAUCGCCCUUGGCAGCCCUCUCCUUAGCAGGUUCGACCUUGUCCUGGUGUUGCUGGAUACAAGAAAUGAAGAAUGGGAUCGCAUAAUUUCCUCAUUCAUACUGGAAAACAAAGUUCUUUCUGCAAACUCUUCUCAUGCAGCUUGCCCAAGUGUGUCUGAAAAGCUGUGGACUAUGGAAAAAAUGAAAACAUAUUUCUGCCUUAUAAAGAACCUGCAGCCGGUAUUGACUGAUGAAAGCAACUUGAUUCUUGUCCGCUAUUAUCAGAUGCAGAGGCAGAGCGAUUGCAGGAACGCUGCGCGAACCACCAUCCGCUUAUUAGAGAGUUUGAUACGAUUAGCUGAAGCACAUGCUCGGUUGAUGUUUAGAGAUACUGUGACUGUGGAAGAUGCAGUAACCGUGGUUUCAGUGAUGGAGUCUUCAAUGCAGGGAGGUGCACUCCUUGGAGGUGUCAAUGCACUGCACACAUCAUUUCCCGAAAAUCCACUGGAGCAGUAUCGAAUGCAGUGUAAACUGAUACUUGAGAAGCUGGAACUCCAGGACAUUCUGCGUGAAGAAUUCCAACGACUUGACAGAUUGCAGAAUGAAAAUUCAUCCCAGUUUCUGCAGUCCAAAGAGGCAUCCUCAAACAAUCGCACACUUGAGAAACCGGAGCAGAUGUCUCAUCUGCAACAUUCAGACCAAGAGGGAAGUAAUAUUCAAUUGCAACCUGAUAAGCAUCCAAUAUUCUCAAGUAGCCAGACAUCUGAUGAUAACAGAAUAACAAAGGAAUGGGGCAAACCCAGUGAAUGCAGCAAGGACAGUAGCUUGAGCUGGUUUGACAGUAUGACGGACAGCAACACUGAAGCUGAGAAGAGCAUUUAUGAGUCUCCAGUUGCAAGAAUGUCUCCAACUGCAAGAACGUCUUCGAAAGCCCCACACAACAAACCCUGCUCUAAAGAAAGAAAUGACUUAAGUGAAGCCGAGCAAACCACACCAACAACAAUAGCCCUGGGAAAUGCUUGCAGGCAGGCUGCCUCUGGUCUUGAGGGGGGGAAGGCAACCAAGCUCACAAGCUUCCCUUCAGGAGGCCCAAAUGCAGCAGGUUGUACCUCACCUGAUUUAGUGAUUACUCAAAGGGCCUCUAAGAAAUGGCACAGGACAAACAUUGAAGGAGUUAAUGGGUUUUGUGCAAGUACCCCAGAUCCUAAGGUUGAGUGUUCUCCAACUUUAUUUUCUCCUGCUCCAGCCGUUGUUCCACAACACUCCAGAACAGACUUGGGUGCUUCCCCACCUCACAGUGCGUCUUUAAGGCAACAGAAGUCUGCUAAUUCAACCAGAAAGCGAAACAGAGGCCAAACAGAUAAAGGUGCAGCAGGAAGUUCUACUAAACCUGAAAUCCUGGAAGAUUCGGGACCUGCGGCUGCUAAACUAGCUAAGUUUCAGCGUAAGCAGAAGCCAAAGCUUGCUUGGCCUUCCGAAAAUGAAAACAAUGCCCAGUUGCCCGAUACUGUCUGUACCCCUCACACUUCUACCAAAACUGUGUCAAAAGUGGGAAAGCCAAGGGGAGAAGACUGUCCUGAGAAACACCACAAGGAGCACAAUACUAAGGUGGGAAAUAACAGAAUGGAGAAACUCCCUUGUGAUAACCAAAGAGAGGAGGAGGAGCAAAACGAUCAUUCACUCCCUUUCUCCACAAAAAAGGCAAGAAUGAGAGAGGAAAUAUCAGAUGGUGCAAACACGAAAAAAGUGUGCUCCAGUAUACUGGCAAAAUUAGCCAGCUUUGCCUUCAAGCCAUCAGCUGAAUCAAAGCCAAAGUCUCCAGUUUUGUUGCAUGUCACCAAUAAUGACAGAGACAGACAGAGGGAGCCAUUGGAGGCCCAAACCUCCAAUAGCGUGGGGCACUCAAGGAAGUGCUUUGAUCUAGGAAGAGCCAGCACUGGCACAGGAAAAUCUUUGUUCUCAAUAGCUGAUUUUGAUGAUUCCACCCUAGACUUUGACUGGGAUGAAGAGAGCAAGAGGAAACUCAAAUCUUAAAACAGAACUUCUGCUUCCUCCUCAAAAUGGCACUGCAAAAUGCUGAAAAUGA